AUGGAUCUAUUUCAUAUUCUUGGCAGUGGUGCCAGAUUCGAUAAAAAAAGAUUUAAUGACGAUAUUUCACUUUUUGAGCCUCAAAAACAAAAAAAACCUGUCAAGAACGUUGUUAAUGAUCGUGAAACUCAAGCAAGUCUUCUUCAAGAAAUUGACUUUUUUCACAAUAGUAAAUCGGCCAUUAUCGAAACCCUUGGUAACGAACAAUUACCUAAUGAAGGUCAAAAUGUUUCUGAUCUUCAUAAUAUAUAUGGAUUUCAACAAUAUUUAUGUAAGAAUUUGGAUUCUGCUGGAUAUAAACAACCCACACCGGUUCAAAUGCAAACUAUACCAAUUAUUCUACAUGGACGAGAUGCUAUGGCAAUGGCACCUACAGGUUCUGGUAAAACUUUGGCCUACAUACUACCAAUUUUACAUGAUUUAAAUAGUCACAAGAAAAUAGGUUAUCGUGCAUUAAUAAUAUCACCGACUAGAGAAUUAGCAAAACAGAUAUAUAUUGAGUUCAAAAAGAUGUGUGUUGGUAAGAAAUUUAAAAUUUGCAUGCUUACGAAAGCAACUGCUGCCACACAAGCACAAGAUCCUCAUUUAAGACAAAAAUUUGAUAUUUUAAUUAGUACUCCUCUUCGCCUUGUUCAUGCUAUCUCACAAGAUAAUAUCGACUUGAAAAAUGUACGACAUUUAGUCUUGGAUGAAGCGGAUAAGCUUCUAGAACUUGGAUUUUUGGAACAAACAGAUGAAAUUUUUGCUGCAUGCUCUAAUAUUAAAUUACAAAAGUACUUGUUUAGCGCGACACUUCCUUCAGGGGUUGAAUCUUUGGCAAAUAAUUUCAUGAAAGAUCCCAUCAGGAUUGUUGUAGGCUUAAAAAAUGCUGCAACAGAAACUAUAAAGCAACAACUUAUUUAUGUUGGUGAAGAAAAUGGAAAAUUAACUGCUAUACGGCAAACGAUUCAAGAAGGUGGAUUAAAACCACCUGUUCUUAUUUUUGUUCAAUCAAUUGAACGUGCUAAAGAAUUAUUCCAUGAAUUAAUUUAUGAUGGUAUUAAUGUUGAUGUUAUUCAUGCUGAGAGAACAAAAGCUCAGAGAGAUUCAAUUGUUUUAAAUUUUCGUCAAGGAAAAAUAUGGGUGCUGAUAGCUACUGAGUUGAUGGCACGUGGUAUAGAUUUUAAGGGAGUAAACUUGGUUAUAAAUUAUGAUUUUCCACAAUCGAUACAAAGUUAUAUUCAUAGAAUUGGUAGAACUGGUAGAGCUGGUAAAUCGGGUGAAGCCAUUACUUAUUAUACAAAAGAAGAUGCUCCUUAUUUGAAGAGAGUAGUAGUUUCUAAAGAUAAUUUUCAAAAUUCUGUCUCUGCAUUAACACCAAGACCAUUUUUGGAAAUGUCCAAAUGA